AUGUAAAAAUAAGAUUAAGACAAAGAAAUAUAUUAAUUGAAAUAAAAUUUAAACUAGCUCAAAACUGAACUUGACAAACUGUAAAAAGAAAAUCAAUCUUUGAAAUAAGGAAAAGUAGACAAUGAGGCUAGGAAACUUGAAUAUAUGAAUCGUCUUAAAUCUCUAUAAAAUCAAAAUGAGUAAGCCGAAAGCGAUUAAUAAUAAAUGGGUAAAGCUUAAAAGGUUGCUUAAUUUGAAUAAAAAGACUCAUAAAUUGCAUCACUUUAAGAGAAAAUAGAAUAGUAAAAUCGUAAAAUUCGCUAAUUAGAGGUGGAUGAAAAGAAUUAUCAAUAACAAAUAAAAGAACUUAAAGAACAAAUUUAAAAUCUUGGGCAUUCAAUUCCAGAGAGUCAAAUAUCUGAAAAGGAAAAAGCUGAGAUCAAGAACUUGCACCUAGAGAUAAAAAAGUAUUAAGAAAAGGAGAAUCAAAACAGAAUUUAAAAAGAAAGAUUAGAAAAGAAAUAUUUAGAAUAAGUGACUGAAUUAUCGAAUAAUUAGGAUGAAAUGUAUCUAUAAAUACAGGAGUUGAGAUCAAAAGCUUAAAUGAGCGAUGAUAACUUCAAAAGGAAUAAAGACCUUGAAAUUAUACUUAAAGUUAAAUAGGAUUAAUUAACAAGCUUGUCUUAGAAAAUACAGGAAUAAACAGCUUAUAUAGAGAAACUUGAACGUAAAAUUUAAGAACUAAGAUGA